AUUAAGAAGUAGAACACCCUCCUCUUUCUUAGAACCGUAACCAUGUUCCUCUCUACUAUAUGUCGUCGAUUGAAGUGUCCUCCUAAAAACAUUCAUUGGUUCGUAAUACGUCCUACAGAAUCAUAAAAUUACUCUUACAAGGGGCAUGAUGAUUACCACCUAAGUUUUUCAAAACUUCAAUGGCAGAAUUAACGGUGGGUGAUGGUGCUGUGGACGGUGGUUCUGCAUCUCCCGCCACCACAAACAGGAAACAGUCAUACAUCACCGGCAUGCUUGUCAAGAACCCCGGCGUACCCAUAUUCCUUUCGGUGUUUUUAGUCACCCUUUUCAUCACUGCAGCUGUAUUCACUCGUUGGGUUGAUGUUUCUAUCAUAACAGCUCAAUUUCGUCAAAAAGAUAUUCUUCCCUUUGAAGACUUCGAAACUACCAAUAAUUCGACAGUUGAAUCAUGUCCGGAAUACUUCCGAUGGAUUCAUGAGGAUUUGAAGCCAUGGAAAAACAUGGGAAUCACCAAAGAAAUGGUGGAAAAAGCUAGAGAAAAAGCGCAUUUCAGACUAAUCAUAGUUGAUGGGAGGCUUUACAUGGAGAAAUAUGAUUAUGUUUUCCAAACUCGGGAUGUUUUUACCAUUUGGGGAAUUCUACAACUCCUCAAACUCUACCCUGGAAAAAUCCCCGACCUUGAUUUGAUGUUUAUGUGCCAUGACUGGCCUUUAAUCCGUAAAGCAGAUUAUCCAGACAACAACACAACCAUACCACCAUUAUUUCACUAUUGUGGUGAUGAUUUGACUUAUGAUAUUGUUUUCCCUGAUUGGUCCUUCUGGGGAUGGCCAGAAGUUAAUGUAAAGCCAUGGUUGAACUUGAGCAAGGAAUUGGAACACGGGAAUCAGAAGAUAAAAUGGAAGGACAGGGAACCCUAUGCUUAUUGGAAAGGGAAUACAUACACCGGAAAGGCCAGGAGAGAUCUUGCAAAGUGCAAUUCUGAUGGCACACAUGAAUGGAAUGCCAGAAUCCACCAUUUGGAUUGGAGAAAAGGAUUUAAGGAGACCGAUCUAGCAAGCCAAUGUACAUAUAGGUACAAAGUAUAUGUAGAAGGAAACGCAUGGUCGGUUAGCGAGAAAUACAUUUUGGCAUGUGACUCGAUGAGUCUAGUCAUAACUCCACAUUACUAUGAUUUUUUCACAAGAGGUUUAACACCAACCAUUCACUAUUGGCCUAUAAACGAACACAAAAAAUGCAGCUCGAUCAAGUUUGCAGUUGACUGGGGAAACAAAAAUACAGAAAAGGCACAAGAAAUAGGAAGAAGAGGGAGUGAAUUUGUUCAAAAUGAGCUACAAAUGAAGUUUGUAUACGAUUACAUGCUCCAUCUUUUAACAGAAUACUCGAAGCUUUUCAAAUACAAACCAUUUAUCACGAAAAACGCAGUUGAAGUUUGUUCGUGUUUUGGAAAAGGGCUAGUGAAGGAGUUUAAGGAGAUAUCCAUGGUGAUGGGUGCAGCAAAGGCGAGUCCUUGCACUAUGCAACCUCCGUAUGACGAUUCCGAAAUUGAAUCUUUACUCUUUAAAAAACUAAACCUAACAAGGCAAGUCAGAAUUUGGGAAGCAAGCGGGCGCUUCCUUGACAAAAAAAAAGUCGAGUUCGAAACCACCAGACCUCUGGCUUUCUCACCUCACACUGACCAUCCUUCUUCACCAACGAUUCUUCAUGUCGGUGAUUCCUCUCGCAACGGCAACAAUGAACGCCAAUAUGAUAGGUGCCCUGACCGGCGGAAUGACUGGCUAAGCGACCAUAGAAAUAAUCGAAAGCAGCAGGUCACCGAUGGACAUCAGUAG